CUGUUUCAAAUAUGGGUUUUUUUCUCCCCAUCUUUCCAGGUUACGGAGCCUCCUUCAAGACUGAGUAAAGAUCUGUCUGAAGAUGACAAUUGCAAAUGUAGACAACCACCCUGGCAAGACCAGCCUGGAUUACUACAGGAAUGACAGCAUGGUGCUGUCCCUGUAUGGAAACCUGGUAAACGACACAGACUUCCUGUGUGACAAGAGUCAGGUCAGGCAGUUUGCUCGAGCCUUCUUGCCGGUGCUUUUCUGGCUAAUCUUCAUUGUGGGAACAGUGGGAAAUGCCUUGGUUGUGCUCGUCUACUGCAAAUACCGCUUCAGGAGGAGCAUGAUGGAUCGGUACCUGCUGCACCUGGCCAUUGCAGACCUGAUCCUUCUCUUCACCCUCCCUUUCUGGGCCAAGGCUGCCUCUGAUGGCUGGAUCUUCAAGAACUUCAUGUGCAAAGUCAUCAACAGUAUGUAUAAGAUCAACUUCUAUGGCUGCAGCUUGUUUCUAACCUGCAUUAGCUUUGACAGGUACAUCACUAUUGUCCAGGCGAUGAAAACUAAAGCUUCUAAGAAAAGGUGGCUCCUGCACAGCAAACUCAUGUGCUUGGCUGUCUGGCUGACAUCCGUGAGCCUGUGCAUCCCAGAAAUCAUGUACAGCCAAAGCAUGCAGGUGGGGGAUGUAACAGUUUGCAAAAUUACAUACCCACCAAAUAUCAGCAUGAACUUCAGAGUUACUGUCCUGGCCUUCAAAGUCACAAUAGGAUUCUUCCUCCCGCUUCUUGUCAUGGUUAUUUGUUAUGCCCUUAUCAUCAAUACCCUCCUGCAAGCUAAAAGAUCCCAAAAGCAGAAAUCACUGAAGAUCAUCACUGUGAUCAUCACUGCUUUUGUCCUCUCUCAGUUCCCGUACAAUAUUGUUUUGCUGGUCAAAACCAUCAACACCUAUGCCAGGGUGGUGUACAGCUGUCAGGCUGCCAACCAGAUGGACAUCGGGCUGCAGGUCACCCAGAGCAUCGCUUUCCUCCACAGCUGCCUCAACCCCUUCCUCUAUGUCUUUGCUGGCGAGAGGUUCAGGAUGGCUCUGGGCAGGAUGCUGCAGAGCAGUGUCUGCUGCCGGACCGGGGACCGAAAGCAGUGCUCCCCUGCCUGUGACAGCCAGGAGCACAGCUCAAACUGGUCCUUUGCCAUGCUGGGCAGGCGGCGAGUGAGGAGCUCCCUGACCCUCAGCACUCACUUGACCUCCUCUGUUAUGCCACCCUCUUGCCAAGACCUCUUGUAAGUUAGUCCCACCCCAUUCCCCUCUGGAGGAGGACCAGUCUCUUUGGAAACCAUCUAUAGACCCCAAAGACUGUCCCAGAGGAGUGGGGAGGGCUGGGGGCUCCUUGAGUGCCCUGCCACAUGGACUCAACUGGGGCUUGCUGGCUGAAAGGAAGGGGAAUCUCUGGCACAGGGUAGCAAAAUAAAGCCAUACAUGGAUCCACACUUGUUGUAAGCAGAACUGAUAGAGGACAAAAGCUAUCUUUGUAGCAGCUGUAAAUACCCAACCCAUCUGCGGCUCAGACCACAGCCUGAAAUAACAAGCCUCGCAGGGAGUCAAUAAACCCAGCUAUGGCAGCAACAGGCAGGUGAAGCAGGAUGAAACACCCAUCCUGUGAAGCAGCAGGAGGGGAUUCAGCCCUCAGUUGCUGCCCAGCCAGGGUCUCCUGUGGAGGUGGCUGGACCUGGGAACCCUGCCUGCUCCUACACCAGAUUGUCUCCCCUGCAAAGCAGAACAGCCUUUACCUCCUACACUGGUUUACUGCAGUAGGCAAAUGUGCCUGGGCAGAUGCAGCUCUGUUUUGCUGCACAGGUUGUUCUUCUUACAAAGGAAAGCCAAUCAUUCAUAUUUAUAAAGUGGUCGUUGCAGAAUUAGAUCUAUCUUUCGCAUUUAUUUUAGCUGUGUGAUGUAAGGUGAAAUUGGAUACAAUUUAUUUGCUAUGGCUUCUAUUUUGAUACUGGAAACAAAUCACACUUCGUAAUAAAAAUUCAAGGUCAUCAGAGCUGCUGAGUUGUAUCCCAGGGAUAUUUGCCAUAUGGUGCAAAGCUGCUGGAAAGCAGAAGGCAAAAACCAAACUCAUGGUUCAACAGAAUGAUGGCUAUGUGCUGAUAUCUUUGCUAACAGUGAGAAAAAAUGUAUUUAGUGUGGGGCCAGUAAGACAGAGAGUAAUUACGUACCAAACCUAACGUUAAUGAAAUUUGUAUUGAGACUUCAGGUUGGUGAAGGCAGCAGUUUCCAAAAGUGGCAUGCUGUAACACACCCUGCAAAUUCUAUAGGGCUUUUGGCAUGCUGGUGUUGGUGCUGUAACAGUGCCCAAGGCUGCAGAGUGCUGAGUGGCCAUUCCACCUCACUCGUCCCUUCCUGGUGACAUGGAAUCGCCUGUCCUGCCCAACUGCAGCUUGAACCUCCCAGUCUUCAACUGCAAGCCAUAGUGCUCAGGAGGCUGUAUUUUAAAUAGUCACAUUUAACCUGUUUUGCCUCCUGGUAAUUAUUUCUUGCAGGAAGAAAAAGUUUUCAUUGUGCAUUAAUAGAUAAAGUAUGUCAAUAAACAUGAGCUUUCUGCAAGGUUUGGCGCUGCUUCUCUGGCUAACGGGGUACCUCUGAGCAGAUGAGAUUCUACUGUUAAAUACAUUUACCAGGACUUUUAAAUACUUUUUUACCUUUUCUUAGGGGAAAAAAUUGUGAAAGAUGUAU